GAACUCCUCCCGGGCGCCGCCUGGACCCAGGCUGCUGUUGCCGCCUCUGCCACCGCUGCUGCCUCUGCUCCCUCAGUUGCUGGGGAGCUUGGUGCUGUCAUGCGGUGGCAGCUGACCCUCGGGAGUGCUCUAUAAGUAUGAGAGAGGAGGACCCGGAAGGGGGCUGAAGAUGAAGGUGUCCGUGCAUGGCCCACCACUGAUUGCCAAAGCAGUGCAAGCCGAAGUCCAGUGCGGAGCCAGGGGCUGGGAAGCGCCCGUUUUAGUAGCCGUGGUAGCAGCCACUGAGGAAGCAGCUGUGGCUGCGGCGGCAGCAGCUGCGCCGGCGGCGCCAACAGUAACAGUAGCACUAGCUCUGUGGCCGCUGCUGCCACAGUUGCCAUGAGUUGUGCGGAGGUGAUGUAUCACCCUCAGCCAUAUGGAGCAACCCAGUAUUUGCCCAACUCGGUGGCAGCAGCAUCCUGCCCCACAGCUUAUUGCCAUACCGCUCCCCAAUCCAGCCAGCAGAAGAAGUUAGCGGUAUACAGCAAGAUGCAGGAGUCUCUGGAAAUGACCCUUCCCAGCAAACAAGAGGAGGAGGAGGAGGAGGAGGAGGAUGAGGAGGAGGAGGAGGAGGAGAAAGACCAGCCUGCCGAGAUGGAGUACCUUAACUCUCGAUGUGUCCUUUUCACUUAUUUCCAGGGAGACAUUGGUUCAGUAGUGGAUGAACACUUCUCGAGAGCUUUGGGCCAAGCCAGCAGCUUCCAUACAGAAUCUGCCAUUUCAAAAAGCAAGAUGGGGCUAACCCCCCUAUGGAGAGAUAGCUCAAGUCUUUCAAGCCAGAGGAGCAGUUUCCCAACUUCAUUUUGGACCAGCUCGUACCAGCCCCCCCCUCGGCCCUGUUUAAGCGGCGUUCACCCUGACUUCUCGGUCCCUGCACCAGGCACCUUUGCAGCAGCUGAUCCUGGUCCCUGGCCAGGACACACCCUCCAUCAGACUGCGCCUCCCCCACCCCCAGCGGUGUCAGAGUCCUGGCACUAUCCCCUGACAUCUCAGGUGAGCCCGUCAUACACGCACAUGCACGAUGUGUACAUGCAUCACCACCACCCCCAUCCACAUGUGCACCACCGCCACCACCAUCACCCUUCGGCCAGCUCCCACUUGGAUCCGAGGUACGGCUCUUUGCUGAUGCCUUCGGUUCGGACGGCCAGGAUUCCUGCUCCCCAGGGCGACAUCACCAAGACAGAUCCUACUACUGUCACCACUGCUACCUCAGCAUGGGCUGGAGCCUUUCAUGGAACAGUGGACAUUGUGCCAAGUUUUGGGUUUGAUUCAGGUCUGCAGCACCAGGACAAGAGCAAGGACUCUCCUUGGUUCUGAAACACACAAUAUUAACAAGUGAAGCUGGAUUCAGAAUCAAAGGACAACUGGCAUGGAGCUGUCACCAGUGUUUCCUUAUUUCUGCAUGAGGACAAGAUCCAUAUACAUGGAAAGAGAAGAUGGAAAGUCAGCCAUUUUGGUUUUGGUUUUGGAGCCUUUUCUUGAGAAGGCUUAAUGGGGCCUAGAACAUUGAAAAAACAAAACAAAACAAUCUUUGUUUGAUUCUUUCCCCCAACUGAGCCUGUGCAACUCUCUUCCUCUUUACUCUUUUCAACAGCAUGGUUUAUUUUCCAUUCAAUUUUGAUCUGUUUUUCCUUUGAAACAAACCACCUUGUUUUCCAGGAAAAGCCAAGCCACAAUGGUGAUGCUCAUCCUUUCAGGAAUACAAUUUUGUAGCUCUCUGUGCAUCUAUUUUUGUAGAAAUACAGAAAGUGUGGUCUCGCAUCGAUGGGCUAUUUUAGAGGGAUGUAUUUUUUUUAAAAAAAUUAUAAAAAUUGUGAAGUUCUGUUUAAAGAACUUGCUCUCAGAGAAGCACUGGCAACGCUGUAUAAAUGCUUACUUGUAGAUAUCGGUGAUGUGAUGUGUCUCUAUGUUUUCCAGGUUACCUCAAGUGUUUGAUACUUUUCCUCUGAAGACGGUAGCGCCAUUGCCAAGCCCAGCCAGUCCAAUGUUGUUUUCACAUGACACUGCUUUGAAAGGUUGAUAGUUUCAACCCUUGCUGUAGGUUGUACAGCUAGUAGGUGCAGACAUGGUUUCAGAGCAAAGUUGGUCAAUGCUCAUGAUAUAGCAACAAAACGAAUAUUCCUUUUCUUUGGCGUUGGCUGAAGAGUUUGUCUGUAGAAGCAUCAUUCCCAGCUCCUCCAGCCUGCAUAAGUGUAUCCAGAAUUCAUAUAUGCCUACUAGAGGAAAAAGAUCACUUUAUCCACGGUGAUCCAUCAAUGCCAGCGAAUCCGCUCUGUGGUUUCUGAUGAUCUAGUCUUAGUUUAAAAAUAACUGCUUUAAAUGGGUGGGGGGUUUUCUCCCUGGUGAGGGAUCUGGAGGAGGAACAAGCACGUUUUGUAAUGAAGGUACUCAACAACCCCGAAGCUGUGAGCUCAAUAGCUAUUUCAGAGAGUACUCCAAAAUCCAGGCACUGUUUUUUUCCAGCUGAAACGGAGACAUAACUGUGGCGUAGUAGAUGGAAAACUGGUCUCAAAAUCCAGAAGGCUCACCUCUGGGUCCUGGAAUAAGUUCCCUAGCUUCUCACCGCUCUCAGGAGCUUUCGAAAACUCUGACAUUUGUGAGGAGAAGGUGCUGACUUGCAUUUAUAGAGGGAUUGUCUUCACUGGAGUUCCCUUUGUCAGUGAAACCAUAGGUCUGGUUCCUAGCUAUGUCAUCUGUUUUAUUUCCAACAUGACUUUUGCAGCUCUUGAAAUGUACUGUUUUCGUUCUAUCUUAAGUGAGGCGUACCCAUGGGGUAUGAUCUAAAGCAAGCAAGAAUUUUAUUUGGAUUGCUAAUUAGCUGAUUUGGAAGGUGUUAAUAAGCUGAAAGUUUGAGGAUUCUGGAGGGAGAGGCACAGAUUAAAUCAGAUGAAAUUUCAUGUUUAUGGCACUAAUUUGUACAGAUUAUAGACCGGCAUUGAGUCAACUACCAGAGUGAUGUUUUUGGAGUUUGCAAAAGUAAACUAGGCAUUAGGAUUCUUGAUUGUUUUCAAUGGUUACAAAGGUAAGACUUGUUACUGUAGUCUUUGGUGGCUUCCAGAGAUGAGCAAAGUUCAAAAAUCAGCUCCAACCACCUCUAAGUUUUGUUUGCUGAGAAGGUUUCUCAUUUUCCCCUCUAUGAAAUUCAAAGUACGAUAAUAAAUGACCACUUUAAAGCUCGAAGCAUAUAUUUUUGUGUAUGUAUAUAUCUUAGUAUAUUAAGCAACACCAUAAACCUAUCUAGACUGGGUUUUCAUAGCUGAUUUUCAGCUCUUUAUUUUAGGGAUCUCUUCUUUUCCUGCAUAUCUCCUACGUCUCCUUUCUCUUCCCUCUGGUUUCCUCUGUCUUAUUCCCAAUUUGUUUCCUCUUAACUGGACACAACCUUAACACAAUAUGCCCCUGUAAAUGACCAUCAGUUCUUCAUGGUACAUGGCCCAACUUUAGGGUAUCCUCCAUAGAUGGGGGAUAGGCAUUAGUAGUAAUAGCUAGCAUUUACAUAGCGCUUUAAGUUUUGGGAAGUGCUGUACAUAUAUUAAUUCCAUUAUUGGGCUUAUUUUACAUAUAAAGAAACGGAGACUGAGAGUAAGUGAUGCUAGUAAAUAUCUGAGGAGGGACUUGUACUCCCUCCCAGCUCAGUGUUUACCCACUCAGCCACCUGACUGUCUCCUACUCAGAGGGAUUUGACCUGCCCUUAAGGAAAUUAGAGUCUGGCUAACUGUAGGAUUCUGUGAUUCAGAAUGGCAGGUGGAAGCUAUAUUCUGAAGCUAUAUUCCCUAACCAUUUGCACAUGUCUUUUCAUUUUUCAACAUCCAUUUGAAUUGAAUUUCUACUCAGUCCUGAGAAGUUCAAAGAUUUACAUUAGAAAUGAUUAUAAUAUAUUACUAGUUGAUCAUCGGACUGUCAUUUGGGCAAGGUAGGCAGUGCUCCUGAAGGCCUUGUCUCUAUUCCAUAAAAUACAGACAUUAUUCAGACUCUGGUUAGGGUAGGAAGUCCCACUCACACAUAUUGGCUGUAUAACCCUGGGUAAUCGUUUACUCUCUCCAUGUUCUAGGCAACUCACUGAGGUGAUGGGGUGCAGCAAAGGUGACAAUCGGCAUUGGUAGAGGAAAAUUCCUCAUCUUGGAAAUCCUAGAUCUGCUCAUAUGCUAUUUCAUGGUUGUUUUCUGCAAAUCAAGCUUUUGGAACUCCAUGAAUUUCCAUUAUGUCCCCAGCUGAAGGAAAUUAAAUUUAAAAUCCAUACUGUUAUCUGGCUCAAGUACAUCCAUUCCUAAAGGAAUAAAUUAACCCUUUCAGGGCUAAUGAUUACAUAGAUUUUAAUUUCAUAUACCUUUAUUCAUCAAGGACUCAAGUUCUGCUCAAGUAGUUCAUGCAAUCAGUUGACUUAGAAUAUGAAGAUUUAUGAUUCUUUCUGCAUUAUGUUUUAGGUUUUCUUGGCAGCUGUGAUAAAAAAAAAAAGUUGCAUUUGAAGUUGGCCAUCAGUUUACUUACCUGCAAGCUUGAAAAAAAGUAGUAAGAUUUGGUAAAAAAAAUCCAUAUGAGAGGGGGAAAACAUAAUCUCAGUCAGCAAAUUUACUUACGUGUAGGGGGGGAAAAGAAACUAUUAGAAGCAGAUGUGGAAAAUGUGUCUGUUAUUGAAGAUGGAAAGAGUUCACCACUACCAUUGCAGUGACAAAGGGGUAUUGAUGGCAGUUAAAAAUACUGUGAUUGAUCACCUUUUCAAGUAGAGAGGAGGAGGCAAAGGUCUUUAAAAGCAUAGCUGAAAGUACCGUGCCAGUUUUAAUGCAUAGUAUAAGCAAAUACUCAACCCUUGUAUUCUGCAGGGCUAUAGAUAGGAACAUCUUUCUAAAGGGAGUCAUUCCUCGUAUAUGUUACUUACCUUGGUGUUCGUCAUUAUCUUUGGGGAAACAUCAUUUUUCACUGUAAUAAAUAACAUGUAACUUUAAAAGCCCUUUUAGCCCCAUGCUAAAAAUACCUCUCUUGGAAAAUUUCACUUAUGUGACAUUACCAUUCAUACAACAGUUUGAAGUCUAAAAAUCUUUGGAUGGGCUUUUUCUCCUUGGACCUUUCUGCGAAUUAAUUGCCCCAAAGCUAUGCUUUCCAGUAUGAUACAAAUCCUGCUGAUCUUUCUGAGAAGGUAUUCACUUCUUUUUGGCUUUUAUUUCUAUAGUACGGGGGUGGUUUUUUUUUUUUGGGGGGGGGGGGUGAUGCUUUGUCUUAAAGUGUCCAAAAGUUGCAUUCACCAGUUCUCUCUUCAUACCUGUCAGUGAAAUGGCUAUGCACCAAUAAUUCAGUAUGACUCCUUGCUUCCUAACAAUUCCAAAAGCAUGAAUCCUGGAUCAUUAAGUGUUACGUACCAAUGCCCUUGGGACACAACUGAAGCUAUCUAGGAGAGCAAAGGACUAUUUCGUAGAAAAUAGCAUUUUUGGAAAAGACAAUCCAGGAAAGAUAUAUUUUGUGAAUGACUUCUCUUUUAAUAGCAGAAUUUCUCACUUAAUUUUAUAGAACAUAAUCAACCCCAGAAACUUUCUUUUGGCCUCUGGAUUAAUAGAGUACAUUUCUUUAUGUGAUAGGACAAUAAUCAAUAAUCGCUAAUCACUAACCAAGACCUAUUUUGAUUUCUGAAGAUAUUUACAAUCUUGAACGAAAUUAAAGCUGAUUCACGCAUGAUAGUCCACACAUGCAAUUUUUAAAAAGCUGCACUAUGUGGUGAGAUUUUUCUUGGCAGUCUU